AUGCGCUCCUUCCUCGUGAUCUUCACGGUCCUUAUUAGCGCUAUGCUCACAUCUGCGCUGGUUGCUCGUACUGGACCGUCCAACGUUCCUUGCCAUUACUCAUGCCCACUCAAGGACACCGCUAACCACAAUCUUAACGCGGAUAGCGAAUCCGACAACCCCAUCAACUGCCACUACAAAGGAGGAGGCCUCUGCAAGUACAGCAAGACCACGGGUGCGGUGACCUUCGAUCAGGACGAUGGACACUGCCCUUCAAAGGCCAUCUGCUCGAACGUUCGUCGCGCUGCUCUUCCUCGGUCUCCCCGUCGGAACGUUGCUCGCCAAGUUGACGCUGGCGAGUUGAAGCUUAGGGAUCAACUUGGGUCCGCCAAGCGCGGUAAGAGGUCGGAUUAGACGCCGUUGAGUGUCAUGAUGUCGGCUUCACGUCCGGGAAUGGUUUACAUGGAUCCUCUUUCGCUCUUUACCUACUCUUACGCUCCUACUUCUCCGACGAUGCAUAUUUUCAUUCAAUCACUAAUCGGACCUUUCAAACUGACAGUUAGAAUUCAACGUACUUUUUAGCACUUUGGGAAA